CGUCAUAUGACCGGAACAUACGUUUACGAGUGCUUUGUCUUCAGUGAAGACUCUUUACUGCAGAUGUUAAGAGAACGACACGGAACAUCGACAGGAAGUUGUGUGGAGAUGUUAAGAGAACAACACGGAACGCGGCAGGAAGUUGUGUGGUGGUGGAGGAAGUAAAUGGUGGCGGGAAACAAGUAGUUUGGCAAACGUAAGAGCAACGUUUCAUAUUGCUCGAACAGCCCAGGCAUGAGUGGCGCACACCUGGAUGAAUGGCAGAGGAGGUCCUUUGACAUUUCGUCUGGCAACUGUACACCUGAACAGACGGCCGAUGCCUACCGGGCCCACAUCCUCUCCAUUCAGUAUGCAUGGGCAAGUUCCCACCUCUCAGAUGCCGCCAUGGACAGCCUGCUCAGGACCUAUUCAGAGCGCUACGCUGCAGUGCUGGACUCGGAUGACCCUCGCACGGGGCUUAACAACUAUGCAGAGAGCGCGCUGCAUCUGGCCCGUAAUCAGAAGAACCACAGUGACAAAUGGGAGUCGUCCCUCACCAUGGAGAGCGUGCUGGAGUUGCCCUGCGUGCAGAAGAUGAUUCAAGCAAAGGCAGGGGGAGAAAGGUCCCUAGUGGCCACAGCAGAUGUUAGCAUAUCUGUUGGACAAGAGAGCAGCAGCGGGAGCAGCUCCUUGCCUGCUUCUUCUGCUGCAGCCAGGUCAGAGAGCACCUCCCUCAGACUUAUUUGGCCACCUCAGCCUAAAGUUGAGGUUAAUAAUACAGCCAGUGUUACUGUAGAUAGCUCAGAAACCUCUGAAGGGAUAUCAGAUAGUUUCUACUUAUCUUCUCAUCCAAGUGCCAGAGCUCAGCCUGUGUGUCGUCAUCCCUCCUCGGGUCCUCAGAGCAACACGGGCCCUGCAGGCAGCAGCUAUCAACCCUGCUUUUUCCCUAACUCCAAUCCACCAAAGCGGAAACAUUUUUACAACACCGAUGCAGGGGAUGAUGGCCGGGGGCCACAAGCACAGGCAGACCCAAGACCUGGAAGCAACUUCAAAUCGGCCCGUGAGCAGCUAAUUGUGAAUCAGCAGAAGAAACAUUCCCGUCAAGCCCCAAGAGGCGCGACUUCCACCAUGGCAGCGGCCGUGAAGAAGUCUCUGGGAGCCAACAGGCCUCGAGGGGCUUUUUCAAAAUUUGUGUCACCUAUGCCGCGGCAGGAAGAGGAUGACGGCGGGGCGAGAGCCAGCUCCGAUCAGGAACCUCAGAUUUUGGAUGAACGUCUUAAAAACUUUGAGCCAAAGAUAGUGGAGUUGAUCAUGAGUGAGAUUAUGGACCACGGGCCUCCUGUGGUUUGGGAGGACAUAGCAGGCCUGGAAUUCGCGAAGACCACCAUAAAGGAGAUAGUUGUUUGGCCCAUGUUGCGACCGGACAUCUUUACAGGCCUCAGGGGUCCACCUAAAGGCAUCCUGUUGUUUGGACCCCCGGGGACCGGAAAGACGUUGAUCGGCAAAUGCAUCGCUUGCCAGUCAGGUGCCACCUUCUUCAGCAUUAGUGCAUCAUCGCUCACAUCCAAGUGGGUGGGUGAGGGGGAAAAAAUGGUGCGAGCGCUGUUUGCCAUCGCCCGCUGUCACCAGCCCGCUGUGAUUUUCAUUGACGAGAUUGACUCGCUGUUGUCCCAGCGCACAGAUGGGGAGCAUGACUCAUCACGCAGGAUCAAGACAGAGUUUCUGGUUCAGCUGGAUGGCGCCGCCACAGCCGCUGAGGACCGCAUCCUGGUGGUGGGGGCCACCAACCGACCCCAAGAGAUAGACGAGGCUGCCCGCCGACGCCUAGCAAAGAGGUUGUACAUCCCCCUUCCCGAGGGCUCUGCCCGGCAGCAGAUAGUCACCAACCUCAUGGCUCAAGAGAAGAACAGGCUGAGAGCGGAGGAGCUGGAAAGCAUUGUGUCGGCCACAGAGGGCUUCUCUGGGGCAGACAUGACUCAGCUGUGUCGCGAGGCGGCGCUAGGGCCCAUUCGCAGCAUUCAGCUCGAUGACAUAGCCACCAUCACGGCAGAUCAGGUUAGGCCAAUCCUCUAUGCUGACUUCCAAGAUGCUCUGAGGAUCGUGCGGCCGAGUGUGUCAUCAAAGGACUUGGAGCUGUACGACGACUGGAAUAAGACGUUUGGAUGUGGUCGAUGAUGGCCUUAUGAAGAAAGAAACACACCUUCUAUACUUUGCUUAUAAUUAACACUGAUUUUUUUGUGCUUUGUUUUUUUCUGU